AUGGACUCACCAGUAUCGCCUGAGGUCUUCCAGAAACUCAGCACAUCGCUCUUCCAACGGACCGGCAAAAAGGAAUGGCGCGACAACCCUAGACUUUACUUCAUAUCACGCCAACUGGGGCGAGAGAAUGUUUUUCAAGACCUUCUCAACAAUAAUGUUACCGACCUAUGGCUCCCGAUCCCGAAGUAUGUAGUACUCAGAAUCCUAGAGGAUGAGAAGGACAAGAAGGCGUUUUUGGAAGCCCAGGAGAUGUGCUUGGAUGAUCGAAUGCCCACAAGUCUGAACGGUCAACACCUCUCUCUCAUGGAUUCGGACUGUUUGGAACUCAACGAACAGAAAUUCCUUGGAUCAGGCCGUUACGGCGAAGUACAUCACGUGGUUGAUCCUCGGACGGGGGUCGCCUACGCAAGGAAAACCAUGUCUCGACCAAGAAAUUUCUUCAAGCAUCGUGAAUUGAUGAAGCUCUUCCAGAGGGAGUUAAGUGGAAUGCGGCGUGUGCGGCAUGCUCAUUGUGUGACCCUCAUGGCUACAUGCACUGAUACGGAUUCGGUCAUAUUCUUAUCCUCUCCUGUCGCGGACAUGGAUUUAGCCUCUUUCCUGGAUUCGGACCUCAGCGGUACUCAGCUAGAUACGCUUUGCCGUGCCGUGGGAUGCAUCACAUCGGCGCUCACUUACCUCCACCAACUGAACAUAAGGUACGACCUGUUUGAGAAUGACGUUCACCCUGUUAAUGGAAACAAAGGCAUGAUGACCUCAAACCGAAUAACAUCUUGA